AUGGAGGCGUAUCUUGCAGAGGUGUGCAAGAUGGAAAAGCAGUUUUUGGGGCUGGAGCUGCAGCAUGUGCCUCGCGGCACCAACCAAGAGGGUGAUGACAUCGCCAAGAGGGCAUCAAGGCAGCAGACUCAGGAGCCUGGCGUUUUCGAGGAACGACUCUUCAAGCCCUCAGCAGCACUGUCACUAUCAAGCACAUCGCAACCUCGAGAGGAACUCCCACAAUCGCCUGCCUCAGGAGCUCCCGCCUGUGGCCCGACCUCAGGAGCACGCUUUCUCCUGGCGCUGGAGCCUCAGGAGGGAUGCUGGACUGUGGAGCUCAAGGAUUACUUGAUGCACGUGACUUUACCAGAGAAAGAAGAGGACGCGGAACGCGUGGCCCGGCAGGCCACGGCCUACUGCAUCCAAGAUGGAGAGCUCUACCGGAAGCGGCGAAACGAUGUUUCCCUGUGUUGCAUCUCCAGGGAACAGGGGAAGGAGUUGCUAGCAGACAUUCACGGUGGACACUAUGGGCAUCACUCGUCAUCACGGACCAUCAUCGGCAAGGCGUUUCGCAGCGGGUUUUAUUGGCCUACAUCACUCAACGACGCGAUCGAGCUGGAUGCCAUGCGGGGGAUGGACCUCGUGCUGGGGGAGGAACACCGUCUGGAGGCCGCGCUACGAGCAGCAAGAUACCAGCAGGCGCUGCGGCGGUACCACUGCCGCUACAUCCGCCCCAGGACUCUCGAGGAAAAAGAGAAAAACAAAAUGAACGCGGCGCACCCCGCGACGGCUCACGAGGAGGGAUCCGCACCGCCCUCCUGA